AUGUUAGAAAAAAAGUUUGCUGACAUUGACAAAAAAUUUGAGAAUGUUUUAAACAAGAACAAGAGGAAGUUAGAAAAUGCUCAGAUAAAACCCAUACAUGACAAGUUCUUAUUUGCUCAGAAUGGUAUAACAGGUCUAAUUGCACCACCUGGGUCGGGUAAGACUUUCACUUAUCUUAAAAUGGCUGCACAACAACAAGAACUAGAUGAGAAGAACCCAUUCUAUGAGUUAGUUGUUAUUUGUAGUACUUCUGGUCAAUUUGACCAAACCGUCAAUUCGUUCAAAGAUAUUAUAAAGAAGUCUAAGUUAGUAUGUAUAAAAGACUCUGAGUUGUUAGAUUGGAUAAAGAAGUACCAAAGAAGAGUUUUGAAGUAUAAUGCUAUAAAUGAGUAUAUAAAUUCUAAGUUUAAAGACCCAAAUGAGGAAAUGCAGAGAAUAUUAGAAAAGAAACACUUCAGAAACAAACAGAAAGAGAUAGAAUACAUUUCGAAGAAAUUGCAAUCUUACGAUUGGAAAACGUACCCUCAUAGAUGUCUUCUUAUCUUAGAUGA